AUGUCGACUAUGAAGAUGAAGACGACCCACAAGCAGAGAGACACGGCGGAGAAGUUCCGAAAGGCGCAGGAGGCGUACGGCGUCGCUGAUCAGGAGGAGAGCUUCUACAUCACGUCCACGAGCCUGGGCAAGGACGGGCAUUUCCCAAGGCAGUGCACGGGCGACGGGUCCGUGCAGCACCACGAUCUGUCGCCCGCCCUUGAGUGGCACGACGUGCCCGAGGGCACGGAGACGCUCGCCAUUGUGAUGGAGGACAUCGACGCGCCGGACCCGGAGGCGCCCAUCGUUCCCUUCACGCACUGGUCAGUGGAAGGCGUGAACGACUUCAAGCUGCCGCACUACCGCGGGCCCAACCCGCCCACUGGCACGCACCGCUACGACAUCGCUGUGUACGCGCUGGACUGCCGUAUCUACAUGGGCAAGAUCACCAAGGAGAAGCUGCAGGAGGCAAUGGAGGGGCACGUGCUGGGGGAGGCCCACCUGGUGGGGACAUACAGCAAGGAGAAGUUCCCAUCAGGCUAUGACCAGAGUGUGAUUGCUCCUCAGGUGAAGGAGCAGCCGUUUGGUCACUUCCAGCAUGCCCUGGGAAGAUAG